CGAGGGAAGAAGAAAACUCCAAGCUGCAUGCGGAUGUGAUACCCGCCGACUCGUCGUGUUUGUGUACAGGGGGGGACUCAUAACAUUGUUGAACAUUAUGUCUUGUCUCAGGUGACUACAUUUGAAGCAGUGAUGUGUGAAGCAGCAGAGAAGGACCUGUAUGCUGUCCUAGGAGCCAGCCCCUCAGACUCGCUCAAAGAGCUCAGACACAGAUACCAGCAGCUGGCUUUACAGUACCAUCCAGACCGACUUGGCGAUGCAUCUUCUUCAGAAGCCGACUCUGCUGUGAAGAAGUUUUUAGAAGUAGAUGCAGCCUGGAGGAUUCUCAGUGACCAGAACAGCAGGAGACAGUACGACUUACAGAGGAGAGCACAGGAGCUGAAACAGGACUGGCCAGUGGAUUCUACGGUUUAUCUGGAGGACAUGACCUGGGACCAGGGUCAGUGUGUAUACACAUACAGCUGUCGCUGUGGAGGAAGGUUCGAUGUCUCCGUCGAGGAGGUAGAGGAGGAGACGCGGAGUCGGCGGCAGGAUGGCGAAGAGGAAGAGGAGCACAGAGGAGUGGUCGUUUGCUGUGAUACAUGUUCCCUCAGUGUGUACGUCACAUGGUCAUUACAUUCAAAGACUCUUUUCUUUAAAUGACAAUGAGACUUUUUAUAUGAAACACUCUUUAUUCUGCUGAGUCAGACCAUCAUUUUGGCAACAUGUACCUUUCUGGAAGAGAGAGAAUCAAUCACUACAACAGUUAGGUUGGCUGGCUGAAGUGGACAAAGUAAGAGUUCUUCAACAUCUCAGACCUUGUGUUGAACAUCUACAUCACUCUUUUAACAGGGCUUCAAGGCAAAGGGAUAUAUUCACCAAUUAAAAUAUGCCAUUGACUGACUCAGCAACUUGAGGAUUUUGAAGUGAACAUCAAAACAUCAAUGGACAGCUCAUUUUUUUACAUACGACACAGAGACUUAUCAAGAUCACAAAUAGAAGAGUAAAUGUAAGCUUCAGGGCCAUUCUUUAUGUCUAUAUAUCACUGAAACGUGAAGGAUUUGUUUUAUUCUUUAUGAAUUUAAUUAAUAUAUUUGAAAGUUAUUGAAAAAAGGAAUCUGACAUAUUUUACAGGAUUGUACAUUAAAACUGCUUUGAAAGAUGGAA